AUGGAAGAUCCUCCACCGGGGGAACCUUUGCCUAUGGAAACACCUAAGGGAUUGGAAGACAUGUCUCCAUGGAGUCUCCAGGUGACAAAUGAAAUCCACAAGCCGAGAUGGGACUCCAAGGAACAAAAGAAGAAACUGGCAUUGGAAGAAGAAAAUAAAUGCAGUGAGUUCGCAGAAGGACGUCUUCCUGAGGUCAACAAAAGCUGUGCCAUGCAAACAGAAGGUGGGAAGUUCUUGUCCUCCAAACACAACAGAAGAUACCACUACAAUGCGAGGCUUAUUGUGAUGCACAACAAAGGAAACGCCUUUCCGUCUCCUACUUGUGAACCGUCCAUGAGCAGAAAAAGCCGUCUUGACAUACAGGCAUUAAGUCAAGAUGAAAGCAUUCGGACAAAAGCUAAGCCAUAUCAGUGCAGUCAGUGUGGGAAGUCCUUCGGACACCGGACAACGUUGACUAAGCACCAGAAAAUUCACACGGGAGAGAAACAGUACAAAUGCUCCACCUGUGGAAAAGGCUUUGCUUCUAAGGAAUCGUUAUUGAUGCAUCAGCGCAUCCACACAGGAGAGAAGCCGUACCAGUGUUCCCAGUGCGGCAAGUGGUUUCGGCAGAAGGUCCAUCUGAUGUGUCACCUGAGAGUCCACACGGGAGAGAAGCCCUUUAAAUGCCCCAAAUGUGGGAAGGACUUCUCUCGGAGAGAUAAGCUGAUCGGACACCAGAGUGUCCAUAGGAGACAAAGGCCUGUGGCACAUCCAGGCGGUGGGAAGAGCUAG